AUGACAAAUACAGGGGCACGUCAUUGUCGCUAUGCUGGAGAUGACAAGCGACAAGUGAGCGCGGCGGUGGUGAGAGGUGAAAUAGCAAUGCGGCAGGUGGCGCGCGGCAAACCCACUGGCAGCGUACCAAUCACCGUGCGAUUUAAUGCGGCGAUGAAUUGCGGCGGUGGUGCGGGCAUUGUUGCCGGCGGCAAUGGCAGUGUGGGUGGCAGUGCUGGUGGUGGUGGUGGUCCGAACGCCGGCGGUGGGGAUUCCCUGUCGAGCAGCCCAUCGCAAACAUCAUCAGCUGCAGGCACAACAAAAUUACGGCAAAUAUUGUCCCUUUGA